AUGGAUCUACACGCCCAACUGCAGGCCGCCUGGGACCAUGUUAGAACAACAUACAAACCAGGCACAAUCGAACUGACGGGGGUGAUCGUAACUCAAAUCGUCGGAUUUAUCAUCCCAGCAACAUUCUACAUGCUGAUUGAUGUCCUCUUUCCGAGGUUCUCCCAGCGCCACAAGAUUCAGGACAACCACCGACAACCGACCCGCCAGCAAAUCCUGCACUGCGUUAAGGUCACGAUGUUUAACCACGUCUGGGUGGUGGCCCUGUACACACUACUCGUUUAUUUUGCCGGUUUGGACUAUGCCUUUUUGAACCAAGAUCCGAUCAUUCCUCCUUGGAAAACGUUUGUCGUGGACUUUAUCUUCGGCCUUCUAGCGCGAGAAAUAUCAUUCUACUAUGUCCACCGCGUUCUGCAUCACCCCAGCAUUUACGCAUAUAUCCAUAAGAUGCACCAUAAAUAUACGGCACCCGUGGCGUUCGCAGCGGAGUACGCCCAUCCUGUUGAACAUCUUCUCGCAAAUAUCCUGCCGCUUACGCUCCCUCUAUAUCUCAAAGGCGCACACUUUUUGUCCAUCAUUUUCUUUUUUGUCUUUGAGCUCUGGGAGGCUGCAGCUGACCACAGCGGAUAUGACUUCUUGAAACUGCCACCUGCUGAACUACAUGACUUGCAUCAUGAGAAAUUUCGCGUCAAUUAUGGGACUAUUGGGUUGAUGGACUGGAUUCAUGGGACUGAUGUUGUAGGGUGA